UGUCCAUGGCAACCUGUUGUUAGAUGUCAACAAACUCACGUUUCUUUAAAUGUCAAUUAUAGAGUUAAAUUUAUUCACACAAAAUGUUUAUUUAUUUAAGCAAAAAGAUUGCAAUACCAAAUAAUACCAAAUUAAAUACGGUUGCUUGGAACAAAGAUAAUGGUUAUAUUGCGGUUGGAGGUGAAAAUGGACUUUUAAAAGUUUUGAAAUUGGAUGGAGGUGGUGAUCAAGAAUCAAAAUCGCGUGGUUUGACCGCUGGGAGUAAUUUAUCGAUGAAUCAAACCUUAGAAGGUCAUACAGAUAGUAUUAAAGUAAUAACUUGGAAUGAAUCUCACAAGAAGCUGACGUCUAGCGAUCAAAAUGGUGUUAUUAUCGUAUGGAUGUUAUACAAAGGUGCUUGGUAUGAAGAAAUGAUUAAUAACAGAAAAAAAUCGACGGUGGUGGAUAUGGCGUGGAGUAGCGAUGGGUUAAAAAUAUGUAUUGUUUAUGAAGAUGGAGCUGUUAUUGUUGGAUCUGUCGAUGGAAAUAGGAUUUGGGGGAAAGAAUUAAAAAAUGUGCAAUUAGCUGCUGUGAGAUGGUCGCCUGAUGGGAAAUUAUUGGUGUUUGGGUUACAAAAUGGACAAGUUCAUUUGUAUGAUAAUCUAGGAAAUUUUGCGAUGAAAAUUGAAAUUUUUUGUAUGGAUCCCCUCAACCCAGAAGCAAGCAUCGUUGGGAUCGACUGGUACGACGGAAAAAACGGCUACGUACAUGCUUUAUGCCCCUCAUUAGCGAUUUGUUACGAAAACGGUAGAAUGCAACUUAUGUGCAACGAAAACGAUAGUGAUCCGGUUACUUUACACACGGGAGUCAUUGCCGUAAGCGCUAAUUGGAACCACAAUGGAUCAUUAAUCGCGGUUUCUGGCCGAACUGUCGAAGAAGACCGUCAAUCGAAUGUUGUGCAAUUUUAUAAUCCACUAGGACAUCAUUUAAGAACAUUGAAAGUUCCUGGAAAUUCGAUUUCAUCCUGCGUUUGGGAGGGAACAUCAUUACGCGUCGCUUUGGCCGUCGAUUCAUACGUGUAUUUCGCAAAUAUCCGCCCAGAUUAUAAAUGGUGCUAUUUUAAAAAGACCGUGGUUUUCACUUCUUGUCGACCUCUUAAAGCUGGAGUUUGCGUUUCAUUUUGGGAUACCACAAAUAAUCAAUGUCACACAAAAUUCGUCCCGGUGUUGUUAGCAAUAGCAGGUUUUGGAGAUCAUUGCGUUUUAGUUGUUGGAUCGGAUGGUGAUGAUCCAGCAUCUUAUGGAUUAUUGUUGUGUAAUACAUUAGGGACCCCAGUUGAUGGGAAAUACGUCGACAUUGAAAUACAAUGGGUUACGAUGAAUUCAACCCACGUAAUUGCCGCUUCAAAAUCGAAUUUUGUUGUUUGGCAAUAUAAAACACCAAAGUUUUUAAAUAUUUUAGCGAAUAAAUCGCGGUGUAAAAUGUAUCAUAUCGAUGAUACCCCAUCGGGGGCUGUUGAAGUCAUCCAAGACUUAGAUCAAACCGUUCAUGUUCCUGUAAAUACGUACACCACAACCGACCCAAUUUGCGCAAUAACUUGUACGAAUAAAACGUUAAUUAUCGGUAGAGAAUCGGGAACUCUUCAACAUUACGCGUUACCUCACACAGCUCUUUUUAAUCGUAUCAAAACGGCAUCGCGUCCUCAUAAAAUGGCGAUUAAUUGCAAUUCGACGAAAUUAUCAAUUAUAGACACAUCGGGUGUAUUAACCGUUUUAGACAUAUCGGAAGGCGUUGGUCGCAUCAAUUCGAAUGAUAACGAAAAAUUAGAACGAAAAGACGUUUGGGCAAUGUGCUGGGCAUCGGAUAAUCCCCAACUUCUCGCGAUAAUGGAAAAAACGAGAAUGUACAUUUUUAAAGGCCACAAUCCGGAAGAACCAAUUGCUUCUUCUGGAUAUUUAUGUAGUUUCCAAGAUCUUGAAGUUCAAGCGGUUCUCUUAGAUGACGUUAUGGACACACCAGACAAACCGAAUGGUGAUCGUUUCAUAAAACUCGAAGUUAAGAGUUUAAGAGACACUCGGCAAUUAUUAGAAAAAGUUGGGAUACAAGAAGCCGCGCAAUUCAUUGAGGAUAAUCCUCACCCGAGAUUAUGGAGGCUUUUAGCUGAAGCGGCACUAAAACAAAUGAAUUUUACCAUGGCCGAAUCUGCAUUUAUCCGGUCAAAUAAUUACGCCGGAAUUUUAUUUGUUAAAAAAAUACAACAAAUCAGUAACGAAGCGGUGAAAAAAGCUUACGUUGCGACAUAUUUUAAGCGAUUUGAUGAAGCCGAAAAAUUGUAUCUUGAAGCUGAUCGGCGUGAUAUGGCGCUGGUUAUGCGUCAAACACUCGGUGAUUGGUUUCGAGUAAUUCAAAUAAUGAAGAAUGGAGUUUCCGCCCCCGAUUUAGUACUUGAAAUGGCUUAUAAUUCCGCCGCCGAAUAUUUCGCGCAAUUCAACAACUGGUCAGCGGCCGUUGAAUAUUACGAAUUAGCCAAAAAUCGAGCAAAGUUAGUAGAGUGUUAUUAUCAUUUAGACGAUUACGAAUCAAUUAUCGACAUGAUUAAGCAAUCCCCAGAGGGCGAUCCCCUAUUAAAGCAAAUUGGUGAUAUGUUUGCUGCCGAAGGGGGUUACAACAUAGCGAUAGAUGCUUACACUCAAUACGGCGAUGUAAAAUGUGCGAUCGAUUUGUGUGUUACACAUAACAAAUGGGACCAAGCUAAAGAAUUGGCUAAAAAACACGACGUCCCCGAAGUUUACGCCAAAUUUACUAAUCACACCGUUAAUUUGCUCGAUCAAAAAUUAUUGGCAAGCGCAAUUGAGGUUAACUUGCAAACAAAAAAUUUUUUGGAAGCUUCGAAAAUCGCGUUUAAAAUUGCGGAGGAGGAAGGAAAAAAAUCUGGUAAAGACCCGAUGCGAAUGAAACAAUUGUACGUUUUGGCGGGAAAACUCGUGGAGGAACACAUGAAGAAAAAAGGUGUUCGUGAACUCGAAGACAACAACGCUUGGAGUGGUGCCGAAGCUUACCACUUUUAUAUUUUAGCCCAUGAACAUUUGUAUUCAGGAAAAAUACACAACGCCAUGCUUACGGCGUAUCAAUUAAUUGAUUACACCGAGUUUAUAAAACCAAUUAAUGUCUUUUCGUUAUUGGCAUUAACAGCGUUUUUGGAUGACUCGCUUGGAAUAUGCUCUAAAGCUCUUACACAAUUUAGAACUAUUGAAGAUAUAAGUGAAGAAGAACUUGAGGAGUAUGACCAAUUAGCUUUAGAUAUAUUUGAAAAACAGAAACCUGUGGAUAAUAAGACAGUUCGAGUAACAUGCUCGAAUUGUCAAAGUUCAGUUCCUGAUUGGUGCACAAAUUGUCCAAGUUGUUUGAUGCGAUUCCCAAUUUGCAUAGUGACUGGGCAAUCAUUAAUUGACGAAUCCGUUUCUGUUUGGGUAUGCAACGAUUGUCAUCACUACGCUAUUCAAUCAUUUGUUUCUUAUUACCGAAGAUGUCCAUUAUGUCAUUCAAAAAUUGAUAAAUACGAUCAUUAAGUUAUGUUGUGUUAUUGUUAU